UUGAGCAAAACAAACUUGACAGUGCAUGUAAAAAUUUUCAGUGCCCACACCAUGAGCCUGUUACAAAACAUUCGAUUGAUGCCACAUUUUGCGGCAACGUUGUCGGCUCGACGACUGAUUCGCACUACUGCUGUCAGUGCCAAAUCCCAAUCUGGCCGGUACAAAAUCACCCCCAAAGGAGACCGACCGCUGACCUACGAAAUGGCUAAUCCUCCUCACCUAAUAGCCCACCGGAAGGCCUGGAACUCGUGGAACACUUCGAACUUGGAGGGUGAACUCCGCCCGUCUCAAACCAUGCUGGAGGAUGAAUUCAUCCGACGGUUCAUGACCGGCACCUGGCACGGAUUGGUCUUGUCCGAAGUGAUCAUCAAACGGCAGCACAAUCACGUCCGGAUAGCAGCAAUCCUACGACGGGGCAUUACGCCACGCAAAAUGUACUUCCUAAUCGGUUACUGCGAAGAAUUGUUGGCUUACUGGCUACAGUGUCCCGUCACUCUGGAACUGCAAACCACUGAAGACCGCAAAGAUGUUAUAUUUAAGUAUAUCUAGGAAUGUUAUGCAAAGAUGGGCGAAGAAAAUAGUUUGAGCAAUAAACACUAUUGAAACAAUAA